AUGUGGAAUCUUUUGACAAAAAAGCUGGGUGUUUUAAUCCUGCUUGGAACUGUUUUGUUCGUCCAUUGUUCCGACUCAGAAGAAGAGUUGCAACCAUACAAGCAAUUCGAUGUGGUGGUAGCGGAGGGUAAGCGAUUGAAGCUUUGGUUGGAUAAUGGUCAACGCGCCCUGUGCAACCCGGUGUGGUAUUUUAACGGUAGACCCGUUGCAAAGUCACACUGCAACUCUAACUAUGGAGAGUUCGUGUGUUUGGCAGUGACACGCAACGAUGCUGGACGGUAUGACCUGUGGGCAGGGGAUGGCACUCGUCACGGUCAGAAACGGCUGAUGUUUUCUGCGAACGUACAGGUAAUGAGAGAGGUUGAGCAUGGGUCGUAUAGAGCGAGCGAGCCAGUUGUACCGAUUGUGCAGGAAGCUGAGUCGGUCGAACGACAGCUACAGUAUCAACUAUGGGAUGAUUGCUUCUGUUCCGGUGUGACCAAUCGAUGUGGAAUGGCGCAAAACCUGUUUUGGACGAGAAGUAAUUUCACCCUCGCAAAAGCAAUCCCCCUUACGACGACGUUGUUGGAUGAUGAGACGGCCACGGACUAUUUAGAAAUACCGUCAUACGUAUGGAACGGCAACCUGAUUACGGCCUACGGUGGCUAUUUACGUUUUCCAGUUACGGAUGACUGUUACGCCAAUCGAAGGAAACCCUGCAUUCUGAUGUUCGACAGGCGGAACCGUCAUCGAGCGAUUGGAUACUAUCUACCUCCGUCACAUGACCAGAGACAUGUGCAGGUACCUAUGAAGGAAUCGAGCUGGACGGUUGUACCAACGAGAGAUGAACGUGGUGAACGGGUGCUAGAGGAUACGAUUGAUAAGUUUAUCUUCAUGAGCACGCUCAGCAACAUUCAGGAGAUAUACAUUCGUGGAAGGUAUAGGACGCGUAACGUGGAUAACGUUCUCAGCAUCGAUAUGGCAACACUGUUCAACGAAGGUUUGGGACAGGUGACUACAGUAGAAGAAUGCGACUGUCACCCAGGCUAUGGUGGACUAUCGUGCGAGAUGUGCGAGCAGGGAUACUUCAGGGUGUAUGAAUCGAUCAGUUCAGCUGGGAUCUGUAUAAGCUUCAAGGAGCGUUGGAUGUCACUCAAAAGAAGGUAUCGGUUGGAAUGA